UGGACUUCCUGAGCAGUUCCCCAGUUUAGUUACUGACCAAUUCCUCAGUAGACCCUAGCACCUUAGCCUGUGCUUCAAAAACUAGUUUCUUCCCCUGAUACUGAACCGCAGGAAGGAUGAUGCGAGGGGGACUCUUUCCGUGGAGUCUCCCAGAGGAGCCACUACCAAAACUCGGUGGAAGCCAGCAAGGCACGCGCGGGAGGCUAUUCGACCGCGCCGACCAGAGCCUAAAGUACAAGGGGGUGCAGAAGCAUGCCUGCGGCUGGCUCCGUUAAUUCACAUGAUGUCCUUAUCUUUCCUGCUUCUCGUUCCAUUUUCCCAUUCAGCCGGCAAGGCACGCGCGAGAGGCUGUUCGACCGGGACGACCAGAGCCUAAAGUACAAGGGAGUGCAGAAGCAUGUCCGCGGCUGGCUCGUCAAGUACUCGUCGCGCGGCAAGACUGUCGUUCUCGGCGUCCGGCCGACGCAGGAAGAGGCGGCGUCGCUUUAUGACAAGUUUGCCUACAAGGUUCACGGCAACGCCGAAACGCUCAAUCUCGGCCUCACGCUAGCCGAGAAACGAGCUCUCGACGCCCUCUCCGACCGCGAAUUCCUCGCCAUUAUAAAAAAGGACAAUUUCAACUUAAGCUUCCGGAAAGGAUGGAGCUCGAACUACAUUGGUGUGAGCUGGUACGAGGACUAUGGCGGGUGGGUGGCGCAGGUGAACAUGGGCGGGAUCACGCGGAAGAUCAAACGGAGCAAGACGGAGGAGGUGGCGGCCGCCGCCGUCGAUCGCGCGCUGCUGAGACGCGACGGCGACCGUGCGAUCACGAACGCGAUGAUCUUCGGCGGGUGUAUCAAAGUCGAGACGCUGAUGGACCUCGAGGGGCUUCGCGACGCGGUGAUCCUUUCGCGAGUGGCGGAGAUGGAAGGCGGAGCAUCCGCCAAGUCAGUGUCCAUAGUCCCGGCGACGCAGCUACCUCCAGGCAGCGAGCUGGUGGCGGGGUGGGCGGGCAAGCUCCGGUGGGGAGUGUUACACAGCAAGGACAAGGGCGUGUGGGAGAUGGUUCUCUACAUCGGCCCCAAGCCGUUCAACAGAGGACGCACUCAACUGGGAGACGAGGCUGCACGCCUAUACGACAGAAUGGCGUACAAGUUCCGAGGCACCUCUGCUGUGCUCAACUUCGGGCUGUCAGCCGCGGAGAAGCUGGAGCUGGAGAAGAUGAGCAGGGACGACUUCCAGCUGCACCUGCGCAAGUCCUUCGUGCGCUGCUUCCGCUCGCGCUCCUGCCCCUCCAUCUACAAGGGCGUCAAGUGGGGCCCGCAGGAGCAGAAGUGGAUCGCUGCAAUCCGCGUGGGGAAUCGGUUCUCCAAGAUUGGGCUGUUUGAUGCGGAAGAGGAGGCGGCGGCUGCGUAUGAUCGGACGAUUGUGGAGGUUCGGGGGGUGCAUGUGAUGACUAAUGCGAAGUUUGUCGAUGGGUUGAACCAUGCGCAGGUGACUGUAACGGAGAUUCCUAUAAAGGGGCAGGAGGAGGCGUUUAUCCGGGCGGCGUUGGAGCGGCGGAAUCGGCUGGUGGCUUCGUUGGGUGGCUUGGUCGAAGCUGCAAAGAUGGGAAUAUCGGGUGGUGAUGGUGCUGCUGGUGGUGGUGAGGGUGGUGGUGGGGGGGAUGCGGAGGGAGGGGCAGCAGGGGGGGAAGGAGGAGGAGCUGCAGGGGAUGCCGCAAGUGGAGCGGGGUCGGGGGAGGGGAAGGAGGUGGUGCCGGCGCCGAGAGCCGAGGAAUUAGAGCAGAUAGACGAGUGGAUGGCGAAUGAGUGGGAGCAGGGGGAGAUCGUGGGGUGGAUGGAGGGGGUUGCGCAGGGGGGCGGGGAGAAGGGUACAGGAGCGAUCGUUGACGCUGCAGGUGCUGCUGGCGCGGGUGUGGAGGGCAGUGGUAAGGAGAAAGGGGAGGGGGACGAGGAGGAGUCUCUAGCGAUUGAUUUAGAGAUGGCUGGGCUGGCGGACGAUGGGGAGGAUGCAGGUGGGGAGGGUGGGGAUGACGCUGAGGGGGAAUGGGAUGAGUUUUGCGAGAGUACAGCAAGGGAGGUGACGCAAGGAGCAGAUGCGGCGGAGGGGCAAGCCGGUGCAGGCGAGAAGGCUGACGGGGUUGAAGGGCCCAACGCUAGUGGCGCUGGUGGUCCCGAUGGUGCUGUUGGUGCGGAUGGUGCUGAUGGCAAGAGUCCUGUGGGCGAUGGGGAAGGUGGAGAGAUUGGGGGUGAUGGGUUGUCGAACGCGCACGCUUCUGUGGAGCAGCUGCUGGCUGCUGCUGAGGCUGGGCCGGGCGGGGCACAGGGUGCUGCGGGGGGUGCUGCAGGAGGCGCAGGUGAGGGAGCGGGAGAGGGGGGGGAAGAUGAUGAGGAUGUGAUGCUGGAACUGAAUGCAGAUGAGGGGGGUAAUGGGGGUGGAGGUGAUGGUGGGGAGGCAGGGGGCACGCAGAGCCGUGAUUGGAUGGAUACAGUCGAAGAGGACGAGGAUGAAACAGGAGGAGGAGAAGGAGGAGAAGGAGGGGGGCCUAAAACCCCAAGCUCCGCCAAGGGCCCUGGGCAGGGGGGCGAUGGGGACAACAGGGGUGCAGUAACCCCCACUCUUGGCGCCUCUCUUCUGCCCCUCACACCAGCCAGCGCGCCUUCCGCGCUCCAAAUCAGCACCGUCUCCACUCUAGCCGCUACUACCUCGUCCUUCGGACUCCCUGAUUCCAACGGCCCUCAGACGUACUCUGGGAAGCGACCGAGGGGGCGCCCAAGGAUCCAUGAGCACCCAGAGGAGGAGAAGAACCGCCUGUCGGAUAAAUACAUGGGCGUGGAGUUUAAGGGACGGACCCGGGCGUGGGAGGCGUUUCUGAUGUCGGGGCAGCGGCGGUAUAACUACGGGCAGCGGUAUACAGAGGAGGAGGCAGCAAAGCUCCAUGACAAGGUGGCGUACCGCCUCAAGGGCCCCACCGCGCCCACCAACUACCCUCUUCCCGAGGAGGACAAGGCGCGUCUCGAUUCAAUGACUGUCGAAGAAUUUCUCACCCACGUUCGCCGCACCAACGUCAGCAGCGUGUUCCAGGGGCGGCGUGGCUCGUCCCUAUUCAAGGGCGUGAGCUGGAUGCCGGACAAGCAGCGCUGGGCGGCGCUGAUCAAACUAGACCACGGAAAGGUGAGGAAGAUCGGAUUAUACACCACAGAAGAGGACGCUGCAGCUGCGUAUGACCGCGCCUUAAUCGAUCGCGAUGGCCCGGAGGCUCUCACCAAUGAGAGGUUCUUUCGUUCUCUGGAUGAUGAUGCACUCGACCGAUUGCUCCAAUCGCGGCGAUCCCGGGACGAGAAGUGCAACUGGAAGGAACGAGCCAAGUACUUCCUUGACAAUAUCGACAAGCUUGGGCAUAAGUCGAAGCGGGCUCGAGCACCAUCGCCCGUAGGGGCACGGGGAACAGCCGGGGAGGGAGGUGGGCCAGUGGGGUCAAGGCAAGGGGAGGAGGGGCCCCAGGCAGGGACGGUUGCUGCCCUAGGAGGAGGGGCUAUCAGCACUCAGAAGGUGUCACAGAGUGGUGCUGCAGGGAGGAAGGGCCGGGGGGGUGGUGGUGGCAGCGGAGGAAGGUAUGGGAGCAGUGGAGUUGGGAGUGGGGGAGGGGCGUAUGGAUACCUGGGGGGUGGGAUGAUGGGGGCCGGGCCCGGGGUGAUGGGCAUGGGGGGAUACAUGGGAGGGGUUAUGGGGGGGAAUGUGAUGGGGGCGAAUGUGAUGGGUGCUUCGAAUGUCAUGGGUGCGAGUGUAAUGGGUGGUGGCGGGUACGGUGUGGAUCGAUGGGGCCUGUAUCCAUCUGCUAUGGCUGCGUCGCCCGCUCAUUUGACCCCCAAUCGAUUUGGCAUGGGGAAUAUCCUCCAGGGGGGAGGUGGCCUUACAGGGGGGGCGGGGGGAGGGAGGAAGGGUGGGGUUGGGGGGAGUGGUGGUGGGUACAAGCGUGGCAGGUACGAGUUUGAGGAUGAGGAGGAUUUUGAGGAGGACGAGGAGGGGUUUGAGGGGGGGUAUGAGGAGGAGGGGAGAGGAGGUGGGGGUGGUGGGAUGGGGCGGGCCGGGUGGGACAGCGGAGGCUGGAAAGGUCAGCAGCAGCAGCAGCGGUAUGGUGGUGGUAUGGGCAGUGGCAUGGGUUCUGGUGGCGGUGGGCUAGGGGAUAGCCCUUAUGGAUCUGGUUCGCGUGCUGCUGGUGCUGCUUCGCAGGGUAAGCGUUCUCAGUUUAACGCAUCUUCUCUUGGCGAGGAUAUCCUGCGCAUGUACUCAGUGGGCCAGUCGGCGCCUGCUCCAGUUGAAUCUUCCCCAGGUGCAGACAAAAUUGGGGCAGGCCGGGCGGCACAGAGGGCACGUAGGGACGUGCUAGGAGGGGAGGAGGAGGAUGAGGAAGAUGAGUUGGUGGGGGGGGAGGAAGAGGAGGAGUUGGAAGAGGGGGAAGGGGGGGGAGCAGGAUCCAACCGUCGAUUGGGUGAUCUGAUGACGAGGAUUUCCGGUGCGCUUUCUCAGCCGGAGGGGCAGGGGGAGGGGGAGGGGAAGGGGAAGGGGCAGAGGACGUGGAAGAGGCAGGGCCGGACGGUCGAUGCCGUUGUAUUAACUACGAAGCCGAGAGAGCAAGGGGGAGACGGGCAAAAAGGGUUGCUUCCCCUAGACCCCACCACCCCCACCCCCCCAGUCCCCCAUUCCUGCGAUCUGAUCUCUGCUGCUGUAUCUCUACAGCAGGACCAUUGUCUCCAGCAAGUGCUUUUAACAUCUGGUUUUACGUAGCAGUUGGAUUUUCACUCGGUGCUACUGUUGUUUCGAUUAUGUGGCCUGCUGCUAGUUUGGCAAAAAUGUCCCUUGCUGGAAUGUUACGUACUGCCUACAUAAUGGGAUUUGCCGUACUCACAUAU